AUGUAUGACAUAUCAGAUAAUAUCAGAUGUUUUGAAACAAAUAAACCAUUUGAUGACUUCUAUGUUCCAAAUCUCAUUGGUGUACAAAUAUUAAGUAUGAGUAAGAGAAUAAUGAAUGAAGUAAUGUGUUUAGCAGAAGAAUUAAAUAUAGAUACAUAUUAUCAAGAUACUGAUUCAGUGCAUAUAGACAAAAAUAAGAUAGAACUAUUAGAACAAAAAUAUAAAGAAAUAUAUGGUAAAACAUUAAGAGGAGGUGAAUUAAAACAAUUCCAUCCAGAUUUUGAUGAAUUAUCUGGAGAUGUAUAUUCAAAAGAAUCUUACUUCUUGGGUAAGAAAGCUUAUAUAGAUGUAUUAACAAACGAUAAACAAGAACAUGCUUUACACAUGAGAAUGAAAGGAAUUCCAAACAAUUUAUUGGAAAAUAACGAAAAUCCAAUUGAAUUAUAUAAGAAACUCUACGCGGGAGAAUCUUAUACAUUUAACUUACUAGAAUUAAAACAUAGUUUCGAAUUUAGUAAGACAUUUGAUAUUAAAACAAGAGAAAACUUUACUAGAAAAAUUCAAUUCUAA